AUGCCUCUCAAUAUCCUCAUCGUAGGCGCUGGCGUCUGCGGCCCGGCACUUGCCACCCUUCUGCAGCGCUCCAACCCCGGCCACAGCAUUACAGUCGUGGAGCGUUCCUCGUCUCUGCGGGUGGCUGGGCAGCAAAUCGAUCUGAAGGACCAGGGCGUCCAGGUUGUGCGCAAGAUGGGCCUUAUGGACACCUUCAAGUCAUACUGCGUCGAUGAAACUGGACUCGAGAUUUUGAAUCCGAACGGUAAGCCGACGGCUGUCUUUGGCAUCAACCCUUCGGGCCAGCGACGGCCGACUUUGACGGCCGAGUAUGAGAUUAUGCGUGGCGAUGUAUUGAAAGUGCUUUACGAGGCCAGUCUUGAACAGGACUCAAAGUUGAGACGAGGGCCAGGGAAGGCGGGAAGCUUGACGUACCAAUUCGACCAGACAAUCUCAAAGCUCACGCAGAGCGACGAUUGUGUGGAGGUCACUUUCUCGGAUGGGCAGAAGAGACGAUACGACCUCGUCGUCGGCGCAGAUGGGCAGGGAUCGCGGACCAGACGCCUCGCCUUCGGCCAGGACACCAGCGACGAGGCCUUCCAAUCACUCGGGGUCCAUGCCGCGUACUACAGCAUCCCGCGGAUCCCAGGCGAAGGGACGCUUGCCAGAGCAUACAUCGCUCCCGGACGUCGGCUGAUGAUUACCAGAACGAGCGGCCGCCCGGUGACGCAGGUGCUGCUCUUCACCAUGAAGGACACGGAAAGAAUGAAGACUUCAUACAGCGGCCCGGUGGACGAGCAAAAGGCGGCAUUUGCCGAGGCAUUUGCAGACGCCGGGUGGCAGGCCGACCGAUUUCUCAGCGGCUUGAAAGCCUGCAACGACUUUUACGCGCACGAGGUGGGCCAGAUCAAGAUGAAGCAGCUGUACAGCGGCCGGGUCGUGCUCCUCGGCGACGCCGGCUACUGCCCGAGCCCCUUUACGGGAAUGGGGACCACCGGCUGCCUCAUCGGCGCCUACGUGCUCGCGGGGGAGUUGGCGAGACAGGGCGACGACGUGGCAAUGGCGCUCAAGGCGUACGAUGAGAUCAUGCGGCCUCCCAUUGCGGAGUGCCAGAAGAUGCCUGGCGCGGCGCUGGGCGCCUUCUUUCCGUCCUCGCAGCUUGGUGCUUGGGUUGUUCGCAACGCGCUUUGGGCCAUGUCCUGGAUGGAUCAAGUUACCUUGCGGUUGAUGUCUCAAGAAAAGCAUGGAUGGAGACUUCCAGAGUACCCCGAGUUGAAUCUAGUAUCGUGA